UGUGAAGAGAUUAGGGUUUCAGAGUAAACAACAACCAAAAGAGCAGAGCUGAAAACAACCAUGAUCCGGCUUGGGUCGAAAGAGAAGAGGUGUUACAGUUCACCACCUUUGACAAGGUCCCAAACCUACCCGUUGGAGAGGAUUCCUCUAGAAAUGAAAGAGGAGAUUCUCAUGAAAUUGAAGGGCAAAUGCAUCUCGAAGUUCAUCAGCAUUUCUAAAUCCUGGUCAUCGAUAGUCCGUAGCAAACGUUUCACCAACUUGUACCUGAAUCGAUCUAUGGCUCAGCCACGUAUCCUUUUCUCAUUGACCGACCUUGGAGACAAUGAGAUGCAGCUCUUCUACUCUUGCUCUCAGGAGGAUCCAUCUUUUGAUCAUCAAACGGAGCAUCAAGUUUUCACUCUAGGAGCUAGGAGAAAGAAAUGGAGAAAGAUCGAAUGUAAGCAUCCCCAUUAUACUCCUCGUAGAAGUCAAGGGAUAUGCAGCAAUGGGGUUGUAUAUUAUCUAGCUUUUAUCCAACUUGUUCUGUCUCUGAUAUGCUUUGAUGUGAGGUCUGAAAAGUUUAGUGUCAUUGAGUUACCCAGGGACGAGAAUGACCAAUAUCUGUCGCACUAUAGCGAAAAGAUAGCUGUGGCGAAUCUGUUAGUCACUGGUACAAUUGACUUGUGGAUUCUUGAAGAUGCCAACAAACCACAUUGGUCACAAGUUUCAAUCUUGAUCCCUUCUUGGACAGAUUCAUAUGGUCAGUUUGAAUUUUUCAAGUUAAGGGGUAGACUUGGCACCGGCGAGCUUGUAUUUGCACCGGUCUUUGUCACAAACCCGUUCUUUUUACUAUGUUACGAUCUCAAGGAAAGCAAAGCUAAAAAAAUCAAGAUCGAAGGAAUUAGGACUCACUUAACGCGUAUAAAUGUCUAUCUGGAUCAUGUUGAGAGUCCUAUGUUUCUCAAACUGUAAGGUAAAUCAUCUAUUGAUGAUAGUUCUUUGUUGUUAUUGUCUGCUGAACUAAUCUCUCUCUUUCUCUUUUUUUCUUUUUUUUUCUUUCAAGUUUUUGAAUUAAGUUGUCGUUGGAUAUUGUUUGAUUAAGACUAAUAUAUCCUUGCUGGAAUAUGAUCAACAAUGGUUCUGUAUGCUUUUGAAUUUAUGCAAUUGCAAUGUUUAUGACUUGU